AUGCCACCACAUGAGUUACGACUGAAGAAAGGAGCGAUUGUAAUGCUCCUGAGAAACCUCGAUGUAACUAAUGGCCUUUGCAAUGGAACAAGAUUGAAGGUAGAAACACUGAGAAGAUUCACUCUUGGCUGCAAAUUUAUAUGUGGAGAAAGAAGAGGGCAGCUUGCUAUAAUUCCUCGAAUCGACAACUACUGGGACAAAAGAACUCCAUUUCCGACUCCGACGGCGGCAGUUUCCUAUUCGGGUGGCGUUCGCCAUGACCAUCCAACAAAGCACAAGGGCAGUCCUUCAACA